AUCUGCCCACCGCCCUGGGCAGAAUGGUCGCCUUCCUCCCCCAACUUCCUCCUGGUUUCAACAAUCCAUCCUCUGCCAACGACGCACAUUUUCUGUGCUCGGGGCACGCAUCGAGAUGGCACGGCUCAGGGGUGCCCGGUACCUGACCUGCUUCUACUGCGGCAAGCGGUCCGGGCUCAAGUACGACGGUGUGACCCGCGAGUUCCUGUGUCUCUACUGCGAUGCCACCAACUACCUCGACGAGAAUGGAGAGAUUACGGAUCCCCCUGUCGCGACGGAUCGCGAGGCGAUAACGACGCAAUAUGCCGUGCCUCGGCCUUCGUCGCCCGCGGCCGGUGGCAGCAGCAACAUCUUCUGCCCGACAUGUCUGAAGAACCAACAUCUCUUCACCAAGUCGCUGGCACAGUACUUUCCCGACGACCCUUCCGAUCCGGAAUAUGAGAAGCUGGAGCGCAACUACUACCGCUACCGUCGUGGCUUGGAGGAGCGCUAUCCCCAGGUCUGCGACGAAUGUGCCGCCCGCGUUGAGCACCGCAUCCGUCAGGCGGGGUACACGGCCAAGACGGACCAUCUGCGUCGCAUGAUGGACUUGAGUCGCGGUCGUAAGCCCAUCCGGAGGCGGACGCCGCUGGACUGGGCGAGCGCGCUCGGCGGCGCCAUCUGGAGGGCCGGCUUCGUGCUGCAACUGCUGUGGCACAUGGUCAUGGUGACCCAAGUGCUGCAGGCCGGCGAUGCGGCUGGCAUGCGCGAUCCGGACGGGGUCGAUUCUUUGCUGGGUCAAAUCAUCCCGUGGCUAGCAUGGAUAGCUGAUCUCCUUCCAGCACAGGAUGUGCUCAUGCGUUGGAGCGUCGCGGCGGCGUGUGCCUCGGUAUGGUGGAACCCGCACUUUGUGCAAGUGAACCGCGGGUUCACGAGGCACUUGCUAGGCCUUACCCAGUGGUACUCCUUUCAAGGCCUCAUAAUAUUUUUCCGGCUAGUCUUUCGGCGAGUGGAGGGAAUCAAGGGCGGGCGGAGCCAGUCGGUCCAAGCUCAGCUCAGCAUACAUGCUGUCAUGGCCGCUGUCAUGGGACUGAUAUAUGUCUUGGCCGGCAGGUCCAUCCGGGUCGACACCUCACCACUGUUCGGAACCGACGACAAGCCUGCCCUGCCUAAGGCCACGACACCUGCCAAGCGCAAGCAGGAGGACUCCAAGACAUUUUCGGAGCUUUUCAAGGAUGCUUUGGAGUCACCUGAUGGGCCUUCAAAGGCUCGGCCGGCCAGCUUGACUCCUCCAUCUCAACGGGUCACGGGUCCGCAGCCGCCGGGCAGUUCGGCGCUGUCGUUUGGCGGCCUCGGCCUGUCCGAGACUCCUGCGCGACGGCGCCAGCAGCCGGUUCAGUACGCCGAGGAGAUGGAUUGGUCGCCGAUCACACCGCACCAGAAUCGAGCGAUUGUGAAUCCAUCGUCGCCAAGCAUAGGAACUAGCAAGUUUGCGCGGCAGGAGGUGGACAAUCCCUUCCGCCACAAGGUUCCAGCAGCGCCAGUUAACCCAGCGCGGCGACUCUGGAACCCACCUCGCGAACCGGAGCCAGAGGUACAACCACCCGUGAGUAAUAGCCAGAAGCUAUUUGCCGGCCGCCGCACCGGGAGCGACCGCGGCAAGGCAGUAGAGGGCAGUCACGGUGUCGAGUUUAGACAACCCAAGUUCUUUGCACCAGAUAGGGACGAUGCAAGCUCUCUGGCGGACUUGCUGAGUCAGAGCUUCAGCCUGAGUCAGGAGCAGGAUGUCGACACCAAGAGUGUAGACGGCAUGGCAACAAACGGAUCGCCGAGUCGGGUCGCUGCGUCGCGAUCCGACAAACCGAGACGCAGAAUGCCUCCGACGUCUAAUGCAGCCCUGCCUGUCACUGUCGCUAGCUUGGGGUUGGCUUGGUUGGCGACCAUGGUCAUUGCCAUUCCUUACCAACUAGAAAUACGGACCGUCGUACUCCUCGUGGCUGGCAUCAUUGCUCUCUCCGAUAGCGACGCGACGAGCCAUGAGAUUCAAACUUCGCCAACACCUCGCACGGUCGCGUAUGUGCUCUCGGCAGUUGGCGUCGUCGAGCUCGCCUCCGUGUGUUGGGUCGCGACCAAGGUGUGGGAGAGUGACGUCCCCGAGGCUAGAGUUGACGUGUACGGACUCGCCUUGUUGGGGACGAUGUCGGCACGUCUGAUGCUCAGAAGGGUGGGAAUUGUAUAAAGAAAUCAUGUUUGUGUAUAAUUUGCAUGAAGCGGGUUGGGUAUGGCUGCAUUUACAUCGGGGCGCCUCAGGUUAGAGCCCUACCGCUUCGAGCGGCUUCGACUGGAGGAAUGGUAGCAUGACGUGGCGAACAGUGCCCGCAGUGUGUAUCCUUGCUAUGAAAUACAGGACUCGACAUGACACGAGGCAACGAGCCUGACCGGGCGAGGAGAGGGUCGGCAUCGGGCACACAAGUAUCGAGCAGUGCUAGACGAGGCUAACACGGCAUAAAGAACUGAUCGAAGAUCAGCGUGGAGGAGGCCCUCGUAUCCUCAUGAGUCUCAACAGACGUCUUGAGCCGCGGAUCUGGUGAUAGCCCUC